GUGCAGUCGACUGGUGUUGUGCGGGAGUUGCCCCGCAAGGGACAGAGUGGUGUGCAGGCGUACACCGUCGCCACAGAUGAGAAUGAAGGAUGGAAACUAAUCCGCAUUAAGGCGUUCACGAAGGACUUGGAGAACAAAUCGAGGUAUUGUACUAAGGUUGGUGAUGAGGUCAUGGAUUUUCAAGAUGACACUGAUGAUUGUGUUGGUUCCCAAAUCUUAACUGAUGAAAAGAAGAGCAUGUUGAUUGAUCAUAUUAUUCCUGGUGCUAUCAAACUGCACAGGGAUCGUCUGCGUGUGCAGCCCCAGGAAGGCAAACUAAAGGUGCCCAAGUUUGAAAAUGGCAACCCUUGUACCCAUUUCACUGUACCCUCAGAUCACCACAGUGAAGGUGUUGAGAAUGCUGACUUUGUGCUCUAC